UCGCUUGGGAUAGGAUGUGUUCCCGCCGCGCUAAUUCAAUUCAUACGUAACUUCGUCAGUGCACACGUGCUUUAUACAUUCGUAGAUGACAGAAAUAGUUGAAACUUAUUAGUAAAAAUCUUUUAGUGUUUAAGUAAUACCGUUUUCUAUAUAAAUAUUUUCCUGGUUUGUACGACACGUUUGUUUUUAAUUAUUGCCAUGGAUCUUAACAUUGCUUAGAAAAAGUGAAUAGAAGUGUUUGAGAUGUGUAAGAACGUGAAGGGCGUGUCAUGGGAGACGGAGGCGCUGAUGGGUGCGGCGCCGAACAAGCCGUCGCGCUGGGAUACAUUCUGCCCGCGAGCUGCGCUGUCGCACAUCGGCCUGCUAGUCGCUCUCAUGCUCUACACCGCUGGAGGUGGAUUGGUUUUUCGCGCUUUGGAGUUUCCCGCAGAAAUGGCAAAACAGGAGUAUCACAGAGAUAGAUUACUCUCAGAAAGAUGGAAUCUUAUACGUGUUGUUUCCGAUUACGGAAUGAACGGAACAGAGUUUGUCAGUAUGGAGAAGUUAAUCAGUGACCAAUUAGCAAUUUAUGAAAAGAUAUUAGAAGAAGCUUCAUCAAGCGGUCUGUCUUUAGAAGUGGAGAAGAAAUUUCCCCCUUCUGAGGAAAGGUGGAGCAUACUUCAGGCCGUUUUCUUCUCGUCCACGGUGCUCACCACUAUAGGGUACGGUAAUAUUGUCCCAGAAACGUUUUGGGGCAGAUUAUUUUGCAUAGCUUAUGCUCUUAUUGGAAUACCGUUGACGCUGACAGUGAUCGCGGAUUUGGGAAGAGUUUUCGCCACUGUCCUAUCUGUUGCUGCAAAACAGUUACCCGCAUUGCCGAAAUGCUGCAGUCGGGUAUCGGAGGUAAACCCUGCGAGUCAGAGGUCAUUAUACGCACUGUGGGCUGUUUGUUUCCUCUUCGUUUACCUCUCAGCUGGCGCGGCGUUGUUUAAAAUGUGGGAGGACGACUGGACGUUCUACGACGGUUUCUACUUCUGUUUUAUUACCAUGACUACCAUCGGCUUCGGUGAUCUUGUACCAAAAAGACCAAAGUACAUGUUACUGUGUACUUUAUACAUAUUAAUCGGGUUGGCGCUGACUUCUACGAUAAUCGAGCUGGUGCGGCGGCAGUACGCCAGGUCUGUCUCCGGCCCGCUGGCAGACACGCUGCGCCGCCUGGGCGACGCGGGCCGCGGCGUCGACGUGUCUGCGCUACACAACGAUCUACGCAAAGUUCUCACUAUUGUGACCAUGCCGAGAUUAGGCAGCGGUAAAGAUGUGUUAGGUGAGAAGAGGCAGCUAGAGUUGGAAGCCGCUGUGGAAGCGGUGAUCAGGGACAUCACCACGCCGAUACAGAGCCCACAGAAGCCUCCAAUCGUGCAAAUAGUUAUUUACGAAUCAUCUGUAUAGUAUCUACUCGCGUUAUGGUUACGUGGAAUACGCACGCUGAGUUCCUUGAGCGAAUAAAUCCUUCGUCAAGAAACAUUUUCGAACAAUAAAUACGCUUAAAAGUGCACAGAUGCUCCGCGAUAUUUAUUCAAGCGUUGAGAAUUGAUGCUUUCUUUCCAAAACUGUUUUUCCUCGCAGAGGUAAAUAAACGGAAAAAUCUAAAAAUACAAUUCACUUGUCUUUUGUUUGUAUAUUUAUACAAGAAGACAACGUAUGCUUUGUUCGCGUGUAAGAGUUUUUUGUAAAUUAAAAAUAUGCUAUUGUUCAUAUAGUAUUAUACCUUAGUUAAGAAUUUAUUGUUGAUUUUGUUUGUAAGUGAGUCGGAGCCUCUAUACAAUCUCAUUGGCUGUCGUGUGUGUAUGACCUUAUGGGACCACACUCUUCUCACAUUGCCUUAUUAAGAGAAAAAUUUAAGUAUGUUUGUGGAAAACUCUAGUUAAUAAUUAAUGAUUCAAACAUGUCUAUUUUUAAUAAGUCUGUGAUUACAGCCUUAUAAGUUUACGUAUUAUGUUUACAAUCACAGAGGUUCAAAAAGUAUACAGAGGAAGCAUGAUUGACGAUUCACUUGAAAAGUUGUUUACAUAAUCUAAAUUUGACAUUGUGUUGUUACCGGUAAAAAUGUGCUUCUCUAUGUCUAGUAUACAUAUUUCUUAAAUCUCUUUGGUUGUAAUUUAUCAUUUUAAGUCUCCCGAAGAAUAAUUAUUUCUCCACACCUGAGCUGAUUGUCUAGCGUUACUCAUUAUUCAGACAUUUUGGCUUACAGCUGCCAAACUUUUAACUCUCUUGUCUACUGCGGACACUUGUUUGAUAUUUAAGGCUGAAUUUAAAAAUAAACAUUUUCAGUUGUUUGACAGUUUCGUGUAUCACUGUGAGCGUUGUUUUGAAAUGACUUGUUCUUAUAGUGUAAAGGGGAUAGUGAUAUUAUGUACGAAAUACUUUUUUUAUUCAUUUUUAAUAUUGUUUUACUGUACUAACUUAUACAGUAGUCAGAAUAUGCCUUAAUCAAAAAUGUUUAUGUGUAUUUUUGGUGUAAAAAAACUUACAUUUUUGUAUAUUGUAAAAAUAAUAGUUAAGUUAAUUUAUAAGUAUAAGAAGACAAAGAUAUUAUUUGUCGAAUAUUAUUUCCAUAAUUUGUUAGGCUUGUAUUUUGUUUUCUUAUUGUAUAGAUGCGUGUAGUUUAUUUUAAGUUUUGAAUAUGAGUAGUGCGUUUUAUCGUUAAUAAGAGUAUAUCAAGUAGAAAGUAAAUAUUAAAUGUGGAAAUAUAAAUGAAUUAUCGGUAUGUUUGAGGUGGCAGUUGCUUACGAGUUUGCUGAAGUAACUUCUAAUUUGGGACGUUCGUACCUAAAGUGUAAGAAUGCCAGCUUCGGGCUCAUCCGCGGUAUGCGACUCAGGUGCCGUGCCAAUACAAAAAUAUGUGACACUUGUUUUUCAAAAGGUUUUUUUUUGAGAGUUGAUUUUGUUUAGGUGAAAAUGUAACGUAAUAUGUACAAGAUGUUAUUAAAUGCUUUUAUUCAUAGCUAAAGGCUGCAUGCGUGUAAUGCCAAACGCAGAUUUAAGUAUAAUAAAAUAACAUUCGCGAUAAAGAGCUUUUUGCCAUUUUCUACGCACACCAGCAGAUAUUACAAGACGUUGUUAAAGUGAUGAUUAGUUUAAUGAAAUAUGAUACCAAGUGGGAAAACGUUCUGAUAAUGGAUGAUGAUUUGAUUACUGCUACGCUGUAUUGAAACGCACAAAUUUACAAUUUGGCACAACUCGCGUUUCUCAGCAAGAUGAGAUUUUGGAUACUAAUGUAUAAUAAGGUAUAAUAAGUUGAGUCGCUUCCAUUUUCCCGUUACUGUUAUCAUAAAUUCCUUUAGUGUCUUUUAUUUAGUGAUGGCUUAUCGUCCCUAAUGUGUCAUAUUUCUCCAAAACUAUUUAACAUUACGGAUAUCAUAACUAAAAGUCUCAUAAAGUAUUAUUAUUUUAUAUUUAAUGUUAUGUUAUCCAUUAGAGUUGCGAAAUAAAACGUCAAUAUAAAAAGUGUUUUCUGGCUAGUGAAUAUUAUUUAUUAAUCUGUGGUUUGAAAAACAAAUACUCUUUUCAAUUAAAUUUUCAACAAAGAAAAUGCCAAGUGAAUCAUAAGCAAUAAAAUUCAAUUCAAAACGACGUAAUGUCACCGAUUCGAUCGUAAAACUUUUGGCAAAUCUAUUACACUGUGAAAAAACAUUUAAAAAAGCUUAUAAGAGUUGCCAGAUAUUUGUCAGUAAAUAAUGUUAUAUUUACUAUCACUUUAUUUCAUAAAUAAUAAUUGUUAUGGAGUUAUAAAAUUGUGUUCAUAGUGGAAUCGUUUGCAUGUCGCGAGUUAUUCAGUUUUAUACGAAAAUGAAUAUAUGUAUUAAGAAAUUGAAAUGUU